AUGAAUGUUGAUGAUAUUGGUAAAAAUAGCAUUUUUGGAGAAAAUGAAGAACAACUUAGAGAGAAGAAAAAUGUGUGUAAUACUGAGGAACAAGACAACUAUAUUAAUGAGGUUGAAAACGAUGUUCUAUUAAAUGAGAAAUGUAAGUUGAGCAGAAAAAGAGGUAGAAAAAACAUGAAAGAGAUUAAUGAAGGAGAAAGCCAAAGCAGUGAUAUUCAUAAGAUUGUUAUGCAAAAGAACUACAUAGAAUGGACUGAUGAUCUCCAUGCCAAAUUCAUGGAAGCUGUACAACAACUUGGAGAAGGAAGAUGCUACCCCAAGGAGAUUCUAGAGGUGAUGAAUGUUCCUGGUCUUACUAGGAUGCAAAUUGCAAGCCAUCUUCAGCGUAACACAGAUCAAACCCAAAGAAGACCAAAGUUUCCCUUUCCAACUCUUAAUACAAACAAAAAUUUUGUUCGAGGAGGGAGUUCAAUUCAACAACAAUUCUACCGUCCACAACUUCCGAUUCAAUCCCACUACCUCGACAUAUGCAAUCCAUUCAAUAAUCCAUUUUUGUUGGCCCAAAAUAAUGUUGUUGGUAGGAUACAACAACAACAUGGACCAUCAUUUGGAAUGUUGAAUUCACAAGGACUACAAGGCCCAAUAACUGAGAACACUAAUUAUAGGUCUGGCCUUGCACUUAAUAGUGGGGAUAAUCAUACCCAAAGUGAUUACAACUUGGAUCUUAAUGUGGCCCAUGGAGAAAUAUAUUUAGGUAGUGAAAUAAUGUCUUGUUCAGAUAUUGGAAAUGCAACAACUAGUAAUUAUAACUUGAAUGUCAAUUUGGACAAUGUGACAACAUAUUCAAGUAGCGCAAAUAUGCCUGAUGCUUAUGUUGGAAAUGUGACUAUUAAUGAAUUGGGACCAGAAAAUUCCAAUUUUCAGCAACAUAUUGGUGAACCAAACAUGUUUGAUCCAAGCACUAUUGUGGCGGCAUCAUAUGAGAGUCAUAUUUAA